AACACAAAAAUGAGGGAUUUAAAAUAAUAACAAAAAAUAGGCUGAAAUUAAAGUCGUGUCAGAGGAGAUAUUUCUUAUUUAUAAUCUGAAAAGCAUUUUUAUGAUUUCCAGAACAGAUCCAGUAGGUUUAUUAAAUAAUCAUGAACUGAUAAAUAAACCUAACUUUUCUUGGUGUGUCCAGCAGGGGGCAGUGUUAUAUUUAAUGAUGAAAGCUGCCUUUAAAAAGCGGAGGGAACCAUCUUGUGUUGAUGGUUUUAAACUGCAGCUGAGCAAACAGAGAUAAUGUUCAUGUCUGACUUUUCUCUGGACCUGUGAGCUGUUCUGGAUGAACACAUGGCUGCACGUGUCUCUGACCUGCUUUUCUGGUUCUGGUGUUACAGAUAAACGGGUCCAGUUUCCUCCAGGCACGACUUUGAACCAGUUCAGUAACUGUUUGUUUUUACAGAUAAAUUUGGAGCAAAAUCAGUCUAAUAUGUGCGCUGGCUUGGAUUCAUUCAAGAGCCCGGCCCUGCUGCCUGCAGGACCUCAGAGGGCCACUAGAUGUCACUACAUCCUGAAAACUGGUUCUUUAAGUUCCAUCAGAGAAACCUUCACCGUCCACCUGACAGAAACAUGAGCUCCACUGCUCUGGGCCGACGCCUGGUGGCGUGUCUUCUCAAUGUUUCUGAGGCUCGCAGGAAAGACGUGGUGGAGAGCGUGGCCAGAGCAGCUUUACUCAACUCCCAGGGUGUUAAACAGGAGGACACCACAGUGCUGAACAUCUUUAAUGAUCACGACUACAACCGCUCCGUCAUCACCAUCGUGGCCUCCAUUGACUCCAUCAGGGAGGCAGUUCUCUCUGCGUGCCAGAAGGCAUGUUCACUCAUCGACAUGAAUGAUCACUUGGGGGUCCACCCAUGUUUGGGGGCCGUUGACCUUGUACCGAUUUAUCCCCUGGGGGAAGACGUGGGAGUGGAGAUGUGCGCUCAGGAGGCUCAAGCUGUAGCUCAGGAGCUCACAGAGAGGGUCCCGGGUUCCAGCGUCUUCCUGUUCGGCUGGGCGGACUCCCCCUUACGACGGGGGCUCGCCGUCAGGAGGAAGGAGAUGGGCUGGUUCAGGAAGAACCCGGACCUGGAGGCCAUCAGGCCCGACGUUGGACCAGAACCACAGAGGCGUUUCGGCCUCACAGGCGUAGGAGCCGGUCCGUACGUCAUGAACUGCAACGUCACCAUCGACACCCGGGACGUGGCCCUCGGCCGCAGCGUGGCCGCAGCCAUCAGGGGAUCCACGCCCGGGGGCCUCCCUGGAGUCCAGGUGCUGGCGCUGCCACACGAGGGCGCCGUGGAGAUCGCCUGCAACGUGGAGAGCAUGGAAGGCCCGCCUCCGAGUCACCUGAUGGACGAGCCCUGGCCGUGCUUCAGCGUCGACGGUCGGCCGUACUGCCACGCCCCCGCCGCCCUCAUCGCYGCCAGGGUCGCCGAGCUGGCAGGAAGUCAGGGGGUGGGCGUGAGGGGCGUCGCCCUGGUGGGGUUCACCCCCCACGAGUGCAGGGACUUAGCGGAGUUGGCGUUGUCUCGAGGGAUGGGUGAGUUUUGGAAACAGCAGGGCCGGAUUCGGAUGUGAAAACAAACUGUCGCUGACUCAGCGUUUAUUCUGCCGACCUGAUCCAAGCUUCUGGACUGAAACAACUUCAGAGAAAUUUCAGCUGUUUCACCAGGUCAUGUGUGAAAAAGUUUGGCUCAUUCAGGACGAUACAGCUCUGACCUUUAACCUACCUACAUUUUUAUUUUUUUAAACUGAAACGUAGCAAGGACUCAGUGAAAAGCUGUCCUUGUUUAGCUUCAGUUUUACGUAACUUUUAGAUCAUUUUAGCUUUUAGCUACUAUUUUGCUAAAGUUAGAUUUUAGCUGCUAGUUUGCCUGUUUUAGAUUUUAGCUCAUGGUUCACAGUUAUCUUUAGCUGUUGUUUAGCUGUUAGGGUUCACAGUUUUAUCUUUAGCUGAUGUUUAGCUGUUAGGGUUCACAGUUAUCUUUAGCUGUUGUUUAGCUGUUAGGGMUCACAGUUUAAUCUUUAGCUGAUGUUUAGCUGAUGUUUAGGGUUCACACCAUUAUCUUUAGCUGAUAUUUAGCUGUUAGGGUUCACAGUUUAAUCUUUAGCUGUUAAUCUCAGUGAUAAAUGUCUCCUGACUGAAGGACAAGAACAGCUGAACAUCUUUAAAUAAAACUGGUCAUUUUAA